AUGCAUGCUUUUCGGAUCAUACUUUUGACAGUUUUAUUUCGCACUUCGGUUGCCAGCAAAGGAUUGGAUACCAUACAGAAUUUAUCUGCAGACGAUUUUCGCUGCUUAAAAAACAAUGGAUUUACAUUCUACAUAGGCAGAGUGUGGAAGAGUACAGGAAAUUACGAUACGAAGGGCAUGCAGAGUAUGAAGAAUGCUCAUAAAGCUGGUUUAAAAGUCAGCGCCUAUAUUUUUCCUUGUUUGGCUAAAAGAUGUGCGCCUCCGCAAAAUCAGGUUGAGGCUACCAUAAAUCGUUUGAGAUCAGAAGGUGUUCCAUAUGAUAUGGUGUUUCUGGAUAUAGAGAAAUUUCGCUGGCCAAAUAACCAGGCAGCCAACCGAAAAACCAUCAGUGCUAUGGGCAAAAGAUUAGAUGAUAUGGGUGUCAACUGGGGGAUCUACACCAACAAAAAUAACUGGAAGAGUAUUGUCGGCUUGAAAUUUGACCAGUGGAAACAUAAGAAACUUUGGUGGGCCCAUUAUGGGAAAAACGAUGGGACACGAAGGGGCGCGUUCACCCCAUUCGGGGGAUGGACAAAUUUUUACAUGCACCAAUAUGCGGGAGAUUUGAAUGGACCAUGCGGAGUCAAACUUGACCUCAACUACAUUGCAUAAUUGGAGAAUAGAAGAUUGAAGCUCCUUACGACAUCAUCACGACUUUUUACCAAAUAAAGAAGUAUCGCAG